AUGGAGAUGAGCUCACAAAGAGAAACAUCGGAGAGGCGAGGAUAUUUUGGAGCAGACGAACCUCAAAGCGAGAAUAUGGGUUCUAAAUAUCAGAACUCUUAUGGCAUUUCUCAGAACUCUCAAUCGGCAAAACCUGGCAUGGUCAGAAGACCCAACUCUGAAAUUAUGUCAAAUUAUGACGAAAGGAGAGCCAAGGCAGACAUAGAUCCUCACGUCUAUAGCAUGUCUGAAAGGUAUGGCUCUUCGAUGGAAGCCAAGAUGGGGAGUUAUCCGCUAGUAAGAGGAAACUCGAUGACUCAAAGACAUCCUUACGGCGGUAAUCAGAUGAAGGGGUACGAGUAUCCAAGACCAAAUGGGUAUGAGAAUUCACACAAAUCUGAUUACAACGAUAUGGAAUCUCUUCAUAGAAAACAACAGGAAGGUUAUCCAGCAGGUGGGGUUGGGAUCAGGCACAACUACGAUUAUCAAAAAGUCUCCCAAAAUCGUAUGAUGAAUGGAACCUAUGGUCAUCAGGGCAAGGAAAGCAUGGUCUCUCAUCUUGAGAAGGACGCUAAUGUUACAGAAAUUUCUAGAGGAUGGAUGAGAAAUAUCGUCUGAGACAGACCUCCAAAAUACAAUGGGUUCAAAGACGCCGAAGAACAAGAAGUAAAAUUGUUUAAAAAGCGAAGGAAUCAUACACUAAGAAAGGUCUACCUGAUCUAUUCAUGCAUGAGCGAUCUAUUACUCAAGGAAAAGGAGGUUAUUGAACAAGAAGUUUCAAAGAAUCACAGAAGUACUUUGCCAUCACUCAAGAAUUUUAAUAAGGAUAAUCUUGAGUUCCAAGGAAUUGUAGAUCACUUGAUGACUAAGUUCUCAAUUCCCCCACCUAUUAGCCAGGACCCGUUUGAUUACGAUAGUCAAGAAGAGGUGAUGAGGAAAAAUUGAAAUAGACGAAAAUAGCAAAUCCUUCUCAGGAUCAGAUAGCUCCUUCAAAGAUGCCAGCUUUAAUGAUUUCGAUGGACCUCCCAAGCCCAAAGGAAUCGCUGCAAGAAGAGAAUUUAAGAGGACAUGAAAAGAAGUCAGCAAUAAGAGGAUCAAUGAUAGCACUAUUCCUCCAGUUAAAGCAGAAAUUUUGGAGGAUUUUGACCAUGCUAAAGGCACAAGAGGAGUGCAAUCCCAGCAAAAGACCAACAGAAAGCUUGACAUGCAAAUCAAUGAUGUUGGGUCACUGAAUCUAUCAAGAAAGCAAUCAAUGGAAUUAUCAACCCUAAAAGUGCAGAAAUUCAACAUAGAUGAGAUUAGUUUUGAUGAUAGCGAGUUGCCUAUCAGCCAGCACGGAGGAAAGUUAGGAGGUAAAACCUCGGGCAGGAAAAGAAAGGCUAAGAAUGAUUCAAGCAGCCUCUACUCUAAGAAGCAUCUAAGAGAGGCUAAUAGGAAGUACAUACAAGAAGCUAAGAGGAAAGCAGUCUUUCCUCCAACCUUUGUGUAUUCAAAGUUAAUACAAAUUGUCAAGGAGUACAUGAAGGAAUUCUUUAUAGAUCCUAAGGAUCUGGUUCAGAACUCUAGUGGUCAAAUCAAUAGAAAGAAAGGUGGCAAGAGAGCUCUCUCCCAAGGCGCUUAUGAGAGCGGAGAUGGCCCAUUCGACCUUAAGUAUGACGGAACUCUAGGCAUCAGAGGCAUAAAACAUUCUAAGGAUAAAAAGAGGGGAUAUCUGAAUGGAGUUUCUAAGCCAAACCACUUCUGGUGGCUGAUCUCCAAGGCUUUUCUGAAUUACUUUCUUCUAGAUGGAGCAAAGGAUUGCCUUGAUUCUUUUCUUAAAGGAAAAGAGAUCAAGAACAAGCACAAUAAUGAUGAAGAGGGAGAUAAUGAAGAAAAGAAGGAAGAAUCUUCAGAGAAGGAUGCUCCAGUAGACAUCUCCAAGUUUGCCCAUCUGUUUAGUACCAAUUGUCAAAACUUUGAAUCUCUCAUGAAGGACGACACCGAGCUGCAAGGACUAGUCAAGGAAGACAUCAUUAAUGAGUGCCAAUACCGCAAAAAUCCUUUGCUUGAUGACAACCUUUGGUGCCCUAUCAAAGAGGAAGAUUCUGAAUCUGACGAUGAAGAAGGAUAUGAGAGAGUAAAAUAACUUAGAAGCAUUAGACAUAGAGCAGAUUGAUAAAUUAAUAAAUGUGAUCGAAGAUCGAUUCCAAAUUGAGUCUAAAGAAGGACAGAUAGCUAUUAAGAGCUCAAAGAAACAAUGUGAGAGUAUAAAUAUCCCAGAAAUCAAGUACAACUUUAACUGAGACCGCAAUGAUUGAUAUAUCCAUGAUGAUACGAUGAAAGAUGUAGGCUUCCUAGAUGAAGAGAAAGAGAAAGAUGACAUCUCUGAUCUUAAGAACAAUAUCAGCCAGCUGAAGAAAGACAAGACUCAAGAAAUCCAGAUACACAUUAACAGUGUUUUGGAGUUGAAUAGACUUGGGUUUACCACUGACGAGGAGUUCCAUUCAGACCUAAACAGAAUAUCAGAUAAGCUUAAUUCAUGUCACAAUGACCAAAUCAUUAUCAGAGAUGACCUGAUCAUUCAUCCUGAAUCCAGGCAAGACAGUGAAGAAAACAAAGAAAAAGAGGAAGAAGGAGAGAAAAAGAAAGAGAACCCUGAAAGUCCUUCUUCACUUAAGAAAGAGGCUUUAUCAGACCCUCCGAGUUCCCCAGACGAAGAGAAUGAAAUUAACGGAAUCUUGAAGCAUCUCCGAGUCCAGUUACUUUCCUGAAAAUCAGAUAAUUUGCUUGAAGUGCAGAAGCUGUACAAAGAAGUUAACUCUGGCCAAGCGAUCCAGGAGCAGAAGGACUAUCUAGACUAUCAGAAGAAAUUCAGUGAGUCCACAGUGAAGCCUUACAAAUUGAUCUAUGAAAAACUUAUAGAGAAUAAUGGUCGACUGCAGAAAGUAGCGGGUAUUAAGGGCAAAAGAGGAGGAUACAACCAUCACAAGAAGAACCAUCAUGGGAAGAGGAAGAAGAAUAGGAAUCCUGAGGAGAAGGGCUCGGAGGAGCUCUGUGGAGAUCCCAACAACUACCUCAAGGACACUCCGUACCUCAGUGAUAAGUCUGAAGACAUCAACUUUGAAGAAAUUGAUAAGUGAAAGUCAGAUUUUAAGAGGUUUAAUGAAAAAAUCAGCAAUAUGUCCCAAAUCAGCAAAAAUCCCAUGGUAAAACAAGAAACUGACAUCAAACAAGAAGUUAUUGAGGAGAGGAAUCUCAAUGGGCAGAAAGAUCUCAAGAAGUUUAUUAAAGAAGAAAUUCUUGAUGGAUCUCAAGAGAAAAGAAAGCCCCAGAUUCCAAAGAAAGAGGAGGUUAAGGAACAAACUAGCCCAAAGAAGAACUUUGAAGAAGAGAAAGAGCUUGUAGAUCCACUAGAAUUAGACAACUUCCAAGGGUCUGAAGAAGCUAUUAACAUUGAUAUUGAUGACAAACCUCAAGAUUUAGACCUUGAAUUUAAUGAUAAGGCAGAUGCUAUUAACCUUGAAAUGGAUCAGAAGCCAGAAGUCCAGAUGGAAAGAGAGGAUAAAGACCAAGAUUUAAGAAUUGACCAACACCAGAUGGGCAACGAAUUGAAUGAAGACCAUAUCGAUAGUGAGUAUGACAUGAUGGAUAAGCCUGAGGAUUUCAAAAUGAAUGAGCAGGAUAUCAUCGACCUUCAGAAUAAUGAAAACAUGGUUAGUCCUGAAGAUCAAAACCUUCUAAUUAAUUGCCAGCUGGAUGAAGGUCAAGAUAUGAUGGAGGGACAAGAUGAGAGUUUAUUGGAACUUGAUUAAUCAUUUCCAUUUACAAAUAUUCUAGUAUUAUUAAUUCUCAACAAAAAUCUCCCUUUGG